CGUACCGAAAGCAUCGAGGGUGAAGUUUCAUUUUUUCUUCCCACGCUUGUCCUCCCUUUUUCGGUCGAUCGGUCGAUCGGUCGGUCGGUCGAGUAGAGUAAAUUUGCGCGUCCGUUCCACAUCUUUACGCGAUCGCGUGUAUACCGCAAGGUGUCGACGGAUCGCAUCGAACUUACUUGGACAAAGUUUCUCUUCGAUAUAUCGAACAGUGCAGUCUACGAAGGUCGUCUGGCACGCGUUACCACAAUUCCUGCUCUUGGGUGGUGGGGGAUUCGGGCCCGUGAUAUGACUUUAGUGGGGCUCAAGGAGGAAAGCGUCCUGCCCAUCAUGCUGAGUGUACAGCAGCAGCAUCAUCACCACAGCCUUCACGCUACUUCGAGCGCGCAGACCCAUCGCGGUAACGUGAUUGUCUCCACCAGCGGUAUGCCAACCAAUAAUAGUAGUCUGCAACACGGAUGCAAGCGCUCCAAGAUCUACGGCCAAUCCAGUGGACCUUACGGCACAGUACCGCAUCAACCUGCCUCGGUGGCUAGACGAAACGCGCGAGAGCGCAACAGGGUGAAGCAGGUAAACAAUGGAUUCGCCACUCUGAGGCAGCACAUACCGCAGGCGGUGGCGCAGGCGUUGGGUAGCAGUACGGCCGGGACUCACGGUGGAUCCAGAGCCGGCAGCAAAAAGCUGUCUAAAGUCGAAACCUUGAGAAUGGCGGUGGAGUACAUCAGGAGUCUUCAGCGUCUUCUGGAAGAGCACGACGGAUCCGAGUCGAGCGGAUCUUCGCCAACCUCGUCCACAUCCUCCAAUUCACCCGCCUGCGGUUCCGAAAAUGGGAUCGGUUCUGAUCAUCCAGCGGAAUUGAGACUACGAGGUGGCAUCACCGGGGAAAUACGUCAUCACGAAUCUGAUCUGCACCGUCAUCAACAUCUCCGGCAGAAUGCAAGCCCGACUUUCGUCCCGACAACGUGUUCAGAGGCAUCGAGCUCGCCGACGCCGAGCUUUGUCUCCGAAACCUCGUCAGCUGGAAGUCAAGGUUACGGCACGUCUGGCACACUUUACACGUAUUCCGACAGUUACGACAAUCACGAGCCGAUGAGUCCAGAAGACGAGGAACUACUGGAUGCCAUCACCUGGUGGCAGAACCAAUGAGAGAAUGCUCAUGUCGAUUUCUUGUGGCCUUCUCAAGCAAUGAUCGAAUGAAGAAGCGCAUCAAGAGGGUCAAAGACAAACAUGAAACGAAUGACCGAAAUAAAGGUAAAUGAAGAAAGCGGCUGUUGCAUUAAUUAUAAUCUAGUCAUAUUACUUUUGCAUUCUGUCUAAAUUAGUGUAAUAUGUUAUCUUAUUUUGUACAAAUGUGAAAGUUUUUUAAAUGUAUUAUCUCGAAAAACUGUCGUAUCGAUGUAACAAUCUUCAAAGCAUACGACUAAAAGUAGUACUUUGAAAGUACACACCUGUACAACAAAUAUAAAAUUGCA